AUUCUUAUGGUUUGCUAGACUCCAGAGGACUCGAUGGGGCUUGGCUUUUGACAACCACUCGGCCAAGAGUGUAUAGGCAAAAAUCCCUUCUAUCAGAUGUAUCGAUCAGGCGAGCAAAUCAUAAAUGCACCAUUCUAAUUGGUCUUGCUUCAAUCAUUGGAAAAUCCUUGGAACUUAAACCGAAGGCUUGGGACCGUUUCAACUCCCAAUUGCCACUGAAUGAGGGAAGACUUACUUCAAAGCCCCUACGUUCUCGCAUUCACCCUAUACCGUGGGCCUGUUUUCGAAGACUUUCAUGUAAUAUGAGAGCCCAUGAUUUGAUGUGGAGGUGGUUUUACUACAGGCCUUUGAUUGUAUCGCAUACUAUAGUUUUACGGCAAUCGGCCAAUCCUGGAAAUGAUGCCCUGUAAUAGCAUGCUAGUAACAACAAGCACAGAUGCCGUUCCCGAAUCAAACAACAACAAAGCUGUAUAUUGGAAACUUGCCAGAGACUUGCAAAAGAAUUGAACUACAAAAAUUAUUUGAACCAUUUGGGCAAGUUGUGGAGUGUGAUAUCGUUAGAAACUAUGGAUUUGUACACUAUGCAAAUGCAGAUGAAGCGAAAACAGCAGCAGAAAAUUUAGAUGGCACAUCCUUUGAAGGAUCAACAUUAAAAGUUGAGGUGUCUCACAGUAAAGUACGACAAAAGCCUGGAAUGGGGGGUAAAGGGGAAUGCUAUAGAUGUGGAAAGGAAGGCCACUGGUCCAGUAACUGCCCAAAAGGACCAACACGUCCAAAAGGUCCCAGGGCUCCACAUGAUCACUACAGAGAUCCCUAUGCAAGGGACGCCUACGAUCCAUACUACAGAGACCGUUACCCUCCUCCACAUCCUCAUGACAGAUACAGACCUUAUGCAGAUCCAUAUGACAGACGGCCACCACCACCAAGGGACCCAUACUACAGAGAAUCCAGAGACCCUUACGCAAGACCUCCACCAGAGUACUACGGCAGACGUUCUCCACCUCCAUCCAGUCGGGAUCCCUACUAUGACUACUAUGACAGAAGAAGCUACCCAUUGCCUCCACCUCCCGGAACGAGUCGUGGCAUGUCGCCGCCAUCACGAAGCCGCGUACCGGCACCUUAUUGAACAUCAGAAUCACAGAAAGCCGCGGAUGAACGGAGAAGCUAACGGAUCGUUAAUCGCAGGGCGGCAUGCACAUCAUGUAGUGAACAGAACAAUCGAGCAAACUGGAAAGACGGACAACAUCAUUUUAAAAAGAACGCUUCUCAAUUUUCCAAAUAAGAGAACUCAUUGUGAACAUGUCUUAUGUAUUUUAUCAUACAAGGAAUCUCGUGCUUUGAGUAUAGGGGUUCUUUUAUCUGUAAUGUUAAUUUAUAUCGUGUGUGAUCAUCGCUAUCGUUCCAUUUAUUUUGCCAUAUCCUUAAUUAUGACAAAAAUGAAAAUCGUGUCAUUCUUCAUACUUCUCAUAGAUAUGUCCAAUUGGAAUAAAAUGCAACAGUGUAGCUUA